AUGUCCAGCUCCUUCAAGCAAAAGGCCGCGCACGCCGUGGGCUUCGACCAAUUCCGCCCUUAUGAGACCGCUCCAGAGUAUCCUGACGUGGACCCGUACUACGAACAGGAGCCUACCGUUCGUGAAUUCCUUGAGGAGCGCACACCGUCUCUCAAGGACGUUGGUCUAUACUUCUAUCGUCUCUUUCCCUUCCUCUCGUGGAUUGGAAAGUACAACCUGACAUGGUUCGCUGGUGACUUGAUUGCCGGUAUCACCGUCGGCGCCGUCGUUGUGCCUCAGGGCAUGGCGUACGCCGAAUUGGCCGCUCUCCCCGUCGAGUUUGGUCUCUACUCGUCCUUCAUGGGUGUCCUGAUAUAUUGGUUCUUUGCCACGUCCAAGGAUAUCACCAUUGGCCCUGUCGCUGUCAUGUCCCUCGUCACCGGAAACGUCGUCACCCGCGCCCAAACCAAGCUCGAUAUCGAGGCUCACUACAUCGCCUCGGCCCUCGCCAUCAUCGUCGGCGCUAUCAUCACCUUCCUCGGUCUUGCCCGUCUGGGCUGGAUCGUCGAGCUCAUUCCGCUGCCUGCCAUUGCCGCCUUCAUGACGGGAAGUGCCAUCACCAUCGCUGCUGGCCAGGCCUCCAAGAUCCUCGGAAUCUCGGGCGUCAGCUCGCGCGACGCUGCCUACCGCAUCAUCAUCAACACGCUCAAGGGCCUGCCCGACUCGCAGCUCGACGCCGCUCUCGGCCUGACCGCUCUCCUCAUGCUGUACCUCAUCCGUGGCCUGUGCUCGUACAUGGCCAAGAAGCACCCGAACAAAGCCAAGUUGUACUUCUUCAUCUCAACCCUGCGCACUGCCUUUGUCAUCCUCCUCUACACCGCCAUCAGCGCUGGGAUGAACCUGCACAGGAGGAGCAACCCCAGUAUCAGCAUCCUCGAGACCGUUCCGCGAGGCUUUCAGCACGCCGCCGUCCCCAAGGUCAACCGCGAGAUCAUCAAGUCGUUUGUCGGUGACCUCCCCGUCGCUGUCAUCGUCAUGCUCAUCGAGCACAUCUCUAUUUCCAAGUCGUUCGGCCGAGUCAACAACUACACCAUCGACCCAUCCCAGGAGCUCGUCGCCAUCGGCGUCAGCAACCUUCUCGGCCCCUUCCUCGGAGGCUACCCCGCCACCGGCUCCUUCUCCCGAACCGCCAUCAAGUCCAAGGCUGGUGUGCGCACUCCCUUUGCCGGUGUCAUCACCGCCAUCGUCGUGCUUCUGGCCGUCUACGCCCUGACCGCCGUCUUCUUCUACAUCCCCGACUCCGCGCUGGGCGCGGUCAUCUUCCACGCCGUGGGCGACGUCAUCACUCCUCCCAGGGUCCUUUGGCAGUUCUGGCGUGUGGCCCCCAUUGACCUCAUCGUCUUCUUCGUUGGUCUCUUCGUCACCAUCUUCAGCAGUCUCGAGAACGGAAUCUAUUCCACCGUCUGCGUCUCCUUCGCCGUCCUCAUGUGGCGUCUCUUCCUGACCAAGGGUCGCUUCCUCGGUCCCGUCCGUGUCCAGACUGUCAAGGGCGGUGUCAACGUCCCCUCACCCGCCCCUGUCGGCGACAACUCCGUCACCGCCGAUGACACGGUCGCUAUCUCUGGCGCGCGCACUGCCUUCAUGCCCGUCUACCACGAGGACGGAUCCAACCCCAGGAUUCGCGUUCAGCACCCUUACCCGGGUGUCUUUAUCUACCGCUUCGCCGAGGGCUUUGCCUACCCCAACGCCAGCAACUACCUGACCCACCUCGUCGAGACCAUCUUCAAGGAGACGCGCAGGACCGACCCGAGCUCCCUCGGAAAACUGGGUGAUCGACCCUGGAACGACGGCGAGGCCCGCGAUGCCAUCCUCACCGGACAGGACGAUAAGCCUAUCCUGCGUGCCGUUGUGCUCGACUUUUCGACAGUCAAUCACAUGGAUGCCACAUCCGCCCAGGCCAUCAUCGAUACCCGCAACCAACUGGCCAAGUAUGCCGCCCCCGAGAAGGUUGAGUGGCACUUUGCCAACAUCCAGAGCCGCUGGACCAAGCGCGCACUGGCCUCCUCCGGAUUCGGAUUCCUCGAGCCCGAGGGCGACGAUGUCAAGCAGUUCCAGCCCAUCUUUAGCGUUGCCGACCCCGUCUUGGACUCGGACAGCCCUAGCAUCGCCAGCAGCGAUGAGAAGUCGACGGGAGUAUCCAAGGCAGUCGAUAUCGAGGCUGCUAGGCAGAGGGCUCAGAAGCCCUCUUCUGUCAGCGGAAGGCUGCCGACCCAUGGUCUGAACAGGCCUCUUUUUCAUCUCGAUCUGCAGGAGGCUGUUGAGGCGGCUAUCACGAUUUCCAAGUCCAAGGAUGCUUAA